AUGUCAACAACGCGGCCCCUUCUUGGUAAAAAUCAAGUCACCGAGCUCGCGUACGUCGAGCAACCGACCAGUAGGGCCACCACUUCGGUCGCGAGGCAGCAUCAAGACACCGUCACAGAUGAGUUCACUGUCCUGGAGAAUAAGGAAUCCGAGCUGAAAUGUGCCCGACCGAGAGUGGAGCACGUUUUCAAAGUGACGUUUACCAUUAUCGGGCUAUUGGACUACACGGGACAAGCGCACGGUAGCACGGCUCCGCGUCAGAUAUGGCUACAGCUCAGAGGAAACGCUGACGACGUUUCUAAAGCAAAGGAAUAUGUAAGAGGGCUGUGUGACCCAGAGCUGCAAAAAGAAGAGCACUAUCCGGUGGAUAUGCACUGUAUCUUCGCUGGAGCCAGAGGCCUCUUCCUGGACAGACUCAUACGGGACACAAGUGCUGAGGUCAUGGUUCCUGAGCCAGGACGUCUGCGCUUGUUGGGCCGUGCUGAGCCUGUUGUGAUGGCACAGAGCAGAGUUCAGCAGUUUGUGGCACUUUUCCAGGAAAAGCGGAGUCUAAUGAGUGACAAAGAGCAAGCGGUGAAACGAGAGUUCAAGUCAUUUGUGGAAGAAAGGGACGAUAAGUAUACAAUGGAGCUUCUUCUACUGCCCAGUGCACUGAAAGAAGAAUUACUGGGACUGGCUCACAGUCCUACCAGCUCACUCACACCCUCACUGGCUGUCUUGAAUCAGAACCUACAUUCCAGCACGGCAGACUUGGAGCAAGACCGCUCACAGAGUAGCACCCCUGUGACUGAGCUCUCUAUUCGCAUCCUGGACACCAGCUUUGAGGACAAGGGGACACGCAGGCUGCCUUUUGGUGAAGGUGCAGGAAAAGCAGGAGGAGGCACUUGUUCGGGAGUUGAGGCCCUUCUGAUCAAUGGAAUCAGGCCCUCACACAAGCGGCGCUCUUCCGAGAGCGAAACUCGGGACACAAAGAGACAAUACUCUCUAGAGAGACGGGACGAGUCCCCGGAAAGGUCGCGGGAUAGGGAGCGCCACAGGGUCAGAGAAUGCAUCGGGGCCAGUAGUGGUUAUCGAACCAAAAACGCAUCUACUUCAUCCACAAUCUCCUCAUACACAGCUAAAGCUAACACUGUUGCUGGUCCAACGAGGUUGGACCCUUGUGAGGGUUUUGCUGACGAAAGCGAGGCUGUCAGCCCAGAAACAAAUUUGCGUUGUUUGGUUAAUUUCUUCAGAACCAUGGGCUACCAGCAGGAGGUAGUGGAACGUGUCAUCAAGGAUACAGGACAAACAGAAGACACUUUUCUCAUUCUUGAAAAAAUUGUGGCAGAAACAAACCGUUGUGCUGCAGAAACAAGAGGAUUAGAAGAAACCAAAUUGAACAAUGCGUGCUCCUCCGAUCUUCCGUCGAACUCCUCGGUGAACUCCUCGCUUGCCAUCGAAAGGGAGCAUGAGCCUGGGCCAUCGAAAGAGAGAAUUAAGUCUAAUAAUUCCACCAGUACUAAUGGACUUGGUCACCGGAGGCAGUGCAGUGGCAGUGAAUCCACCACUCAACAGGCCAUUACCAUCAAAAGAAGCUCCAGUGCACAAGGAGGAGCAGGGAACUACGAGGUCAUUACCAUUGAAGAUGACGAUGACGAGGGUUAUGCUGGCGGGACAAACGGCAAAACUGCCAAUACUCGAGCAUCAAGAGUGACGAUGGCACAUGCCGACACCCAGACGGGAUCCAGAACAGACUAUUUGGCACGAGGGGGUGGGAGCGUUUCACAAAGGGAUGAUCACCUGUCAAGAGGCGGAACUCAGACUUUGGGCGGAUCGGUGAAAGUUGAGAAUGUGACCGCUCUACGCAGUGCACCCCAGUGGCUGACUGCCAGCACCACUUCUGUGGCUUCCACCCCCAAUUUGGUUCCUCUCACAAGCAGGCCCUCUGCCUACCAGACCUUGGGGCAUAUGGGCUUUCACGGCAGCGGAGCCAGGAAUACUCACUCAAGUAACCCACCGGCACCCCCUGUGACGGGUCUGGCUCGUUUUCACCAAUCUUUGAAGACUCCGUAUAAGCUGAAGUUACCUAACGAGCCGGGACGACCAGACCUGCGCCACAUAAUCAUAGAUGGCAGCAAUGUGGCUAUGGCUCACGGCUUACAUCGGUUCUUUUCCUGUCGAGGCAUUGCACUCGCAGUGGAGACAUUUUGGAAGCUGGGCCACAGAGAGAUCACAGUAUUUGUUCCGCAGUGGCGUCAGAAGAGAGACCCCUUCACAACAGAGCAACAUUUUUUAAAUCAACUUGAAGACCUUCGUUUGCUGUCUUUCACGCCGUCCAGAGAAGUCUGUGGGCAAAGGAUAGCCUCACAUGAUGACAGAUUCCUGCUCCACUUAGCUGAAAAAACUGAUGGCAUCAUUGUGACAAACGACAACCUGAGAGACUUUGUCAACACUUCAGACAUGUGGCGCAGGAUCAUUCAAGAGAGGUUACUGCAGUUUACCUUUGUUGAAGACCACUUCAUGAUCCCUGAUGACCCUUUGGGGAAAAAGGGACCUCACCUGGACUUGUUCCUUCGAAAAAUCAACAGGCAUCUUCCCAUCACUCCUCCCCCUCGCAGACCUCCGGACCUGCAUCCGUCCAUUCACCAGCAAAAUCCAGUCUACGUGCAGGCUCUUCACUCAGCUCCUUGGACCCCAGACGUCGCACCCCAGCCUCCCCAUUCCCACCCAGGCCGCCACCGUGCCGCCUCUCCUUCUCGGUCGCCCCCUCCACAGCGUUCGCCAGGGGAGACAUCCGAGCUGAAGAGGCAGCUGUGCUUGAUUUUCCCUGAGCAGAACCAACAGAUUGACCGCAUCCUCAAAGAUAACCCUUACAUGAGAGACUUGAAUGCCCUGUCAGGACUGCUGCUGGGAUAA